AUUGCAUUGCAUAUUGCAUUUGCUUGCUGCUGUGCUAUCGCUCGCUCGGGUAGAAUAUUCACAAAGUAAUUUUUAUUGUGUUCAAUUUUCCGCGCAUACAUAGUGUGCCAAUGAUAUCGUUGUUAUAAGAAUACUUUCAGUCGUAUAAACACCCGAUGUGUUAGUUUUAAACACUUGUUGAAAUAGCACCACUCAUGUAGUUUAUUUACAAAUUUAAUUUUACUAAUUUCGUUUAUUUAGUAGGUAUUAAUUAAGUGAAGAUGGUGUCGUAUCGGGUCAAGAGUGGCUUGUUCAUAGGUUUUGGAGCAUUAUUAUUUAUAUUUGGAGUCAUCGCAGUUGUGAUGUGGCCUUCUCUAUUUAUUUCACAACUACAAAGAAUGAUGACACUAACAAACGACUCAAUGACCUUCGAGAUUUGGCGGGAAACUCCCAUACCUAUGUACCUGGAGUGCCACAUGUUUAACCUGACCAAUGUGAAGGAGAUCUUAGCCAGGGAAGAUGUCAAAGUCAAAGUGGAACAGCUGGGACCGUAUGUCUUCCGAGAGUUUCACUCCAAGGAGAACCUGACUUGGAACGACGAAAACAGUACAGUGACAUACUUCAACAAGCGAUCCUGGCAUUUUGACGAGGAGCGGUCCAAUGGCAGCCUUUCCGAUCUCAUCACCUCCAUCAAUCCCAUUGUUGUGACUAUAGCGUACAUGUCGCGCAACGAUCCCCUCUACAUCCGCCUAGGGACUGACGUGUUCAUCCGUCUGUUCCAUAGUGAUAUGUUCCUUACUGCCAAUGUAUCGUCAUGGCUCUUCGACGGCAUUGAAGACGCAGCGCUGGACGCGGCCUUGGACCUGCCUUUCGUGGCCGACAGGAUACCUUACGACAAAUUUGGCUGGUUUUAUGAGCGCAACAACUCACUAAUCUUCGAUGGCGCGUUCAACAUGAAUACAGGUGCAGCAGACUUUUCCAAUUUGGGCAACAUGGAAAACUGGCAGUACUCCAACCGUACCGUCUACAGAGACGAGUGCGGGGACGUGAAGGGGUCCUCGGGGGAGCUGUGGGCGCCGGAGUAUGGUCAGGAGGAGGUUGUGAUCUUCGCCAGUGACAUUUGCACAUACCUAGUGCUGAGUAAAAACGAGUCGGUCUUGAUCGAAGGCAUCGAAGGCGUGCUGUACGCAGCCAACGAUUCUGUAUUCGACAACGGUCACAAAUAUCCACACACUGCCUGCUACUGCGAUGAGCCGCGAGACAAUAACUGCCUGCCCCCCGGAGCCCUAAACGUGUCGGAGUGUCGCUUCGGAGCGCCCGCUUUCGUCACCCUGCCGCAUUUCUACAAUGCCGACCCGUAUUAUCCCAGCAAAAUUGAAGGGUUGAACCCAACACCUGACAUGAAUUUCCGAUUAGCGUUGGAAAUGUUCACCGGUAUGCCCCUGCAAGUGUUCGCUCAGUUGCAGAUCAACCUGCUCGUCCGGCACAUCAGUGGCAUCAGUAUAAACAACCAGUUGCCGGACAGCGACACGCUGGUGCCGAUGUUCUGGUUCCGGCAGGAGGUGAGCAUCACGCCGGAGUACGCGGCGCUGGCGCGGCAGGCGCUGCGCCUGCGCUACUGGACCGUGUGGGGGCUGGCCGGCUUCACUGUGAUCGGAACCAUACUUCUAAUAGUAGGAAUAUCGAUCUUAAUAAGACGAAUUCUCAGGACGACUGAGUCGCCGAUCAUCGAUUCUUCAGACAACAGCGACUCCCAGUGACACACACACAAACUUUGUGUACGGACCGUGUGUGAUAAAUACAUAUGUAUGCGUGACAAUCGAACGCGGUCACUAAGUUGGGCCUUAUUAUGAUUGUGGUAAAGGUUAUUUCGCAGAUGUCUACGUAAUGUUUAAGCUAUUUCGAUUUGAAUACACGAUGAUUAUUUAAACAAGAAUUAAUUUUAAAAUAUGUUUGGUUGUCGAAAUAGAUCCACUUUCAUUUCUUAACGCGAUCCACUUUACGACCUAAACUGAUCUGCAUCGCAAAUUCGUACCAUCGAGUUAUUUUUUUUGGUAUGAAUAUGAUUCGUUUUAGAUUCCUAAAUUGAACUGAGUUGCGUAGGAAUCGUUCCGUAAACAUCGAUGGUAGGCCCCCAGGUAUCCAAAUAAAUCGUUUGCAAAGCGACAAUGGAAACACAAAGUCAAAUUCAUAAUAGCAUUUAUCAAAUUAGACAAUUACAGACACUUUUUCACGUCAAAUUUUAAAUUGUAUUUGUCAAAAAUAUAUCGGACCCUUUUGACCUUAUUAUGGAAAAUGUUGUUUAGACUUCAGUUUCAAAACUUUUGGAAGAUUUUGUAUUGAGAAUUUUAGUAUGUUAAAUAAUUCAAUGCUUAAAAAGCCAUCCUGUCAGAUACAGGAUGGCUUUUCCAGUUAAAUGCAGCAUUAUUAUGCUGGCUCCACACUAUCGGCGAACUAAGGCAAAUGAUGAAUUAGUUUAGUAACAGAGCGUUUGAAUGAAAAACCAAAGCAAUGUAUGGCGAAUCCGCCAAAGUUCGGGGAACUUUAUCGCGAUAGUGUAUUGGCCGGCAUAAGAUUUUGACAUGUCAAGUAUUGUCAAAUUUACUUUGUGUGCCUGUCAGGGACUGGGAAUUAUUGUAAAGAAUAUGCUGAUAAGUUUAUUGCCAUUAAUAUACAUACCUCCUAAAAAUAUUGUUUUUAUGUAAAUAAUAUUUUUAUACAACUUAGGUAAGUGUUAGUUUUCAUACAUUUUUUAUAUAUAAUUAUACAUACUCGGUAUUUUGAUGCUAUGAAUGUUAAAUAAGUUUUUGUAAUUUUAUUGUAUACUUUUAUAACUAUUUUGGAAAUAUUAAUUUUAUAAUAGAAGGAAGUAUAAUGUUUUUUUUUUCAAUUAAUUUUUUUUUUUAUACUUAUUCCAUUUAAUGUACUCUAGUCUUAAUUCAAAGUUUACUUUUAAAUCAUCUUAAUUAUGUUUGCUUAUGAUUUUUUUAUAUUCAUGUUGUAAACCAGAAUAUUUGUUUAUGGAAAAUAAAUUUGUUACGUUCAAAGCUAGUGUUGGUAUAAACAAAGUCUGAAUAGAGAAUUAAUUUUUUUUGAAAAUGUUCACUAUAAAAAAAUAUCCCUUUGAUCGCACAGGACCGAGACACAAUGGAUCAACAAUUAUUCGACUGACGCCUUUGCACCGGUUCGUGUAGACGUUAAGAGAGAGUAUUUCUGAAAGUCCAUAUGAAUAUAGGUUUUUAGCUCUUUUCUAUACUGCACCGUUCAGUCGUUCAUUCAAAAAUGAGCCUUAAAACGUACGCUUUAGACAUACCUUACAUUGACAAGACGGUGACAUUACCUUCAAAUACAAGUCUGUUGUAUGGUCUCUUACUCACACUAUUAUUGUGUGAGAGAGAGAGACAAAUAUUAGGUUCCCGCUGUUUGAUUUCAAUGACACUUAUUAUUGACUAAAGAUAUUUUUAUUCAAAUAUUGUUUUUGAUUUAGAAAACUUCCUCCAUUACUAAUCUUCAAGUAAAUAAAAUACUAGACUGAUUUGUUAUGUACUAACCAAAGAUGUCAAUCACCAAAAUGUUAAUAAAACCAUUCAAUUGUU